UUGUCAUUCAGCUACGUUCACGGGAACAACUGCUGUGCAUGGCCAAACAUUUACGACUGUUCCAGCUACUUUUAGGCCGGAUUUAAAACGCACACAGGGUGUCUGCUGUUGGUGCUUUUGGAUGUCCAAGUACAGACUCUUUCUGCUGAGGCAUGGGGAGGGGGCCUGGAACAAAGAGAACCGUUUCUGCAGCUGGGUCGACCAGAAGCUGAGCGAGGAUGGGGUGAAGGAGGCCCAGGACUGUGGGAGACUUCUAAAGGAGCGGGGCUACAAGUUCGACUUAGUGUUCACCUCCAUACUCAGCCGCUCCAUCCAGACAGCGUGGCUGGUGCUGGAGGCUAUGGGUCAGGAGUGGGUCCCCGUGGUCAAGUCCUGGAGACUGAACGAGCGCCACUACGGUUCCCUGAUCGGCCUGAACCGGGCCGAGAUGGCUCUGCAGCACGGAGAGGAAAAGGUGAAGUUGUGGAGAAGGAGCUAUGAUAUCGCUCCACCUCCGAUUGAUGAAUCCCACCCUUACUUCCUGGAAAUCUACAAUGACCGCAGAUACACCACCUGUGACGUGCCGAAGGAGAACCUUCCCCGAGCAGAGAGCCUGAAGGAGGUGUUGGACAGGCUGCUGCCAUACUGGGACAGCACCGUGGUGCCAGAGAUAAGGAAAGGCAGGACUGUGCUCAUUUCUGCUCAUGGAAACAGCUGCAGAGCUCUGCUGAAACACCUGGAAGGUAUAUCGGAUGAGGAUAUUGCCAGCGUGACUUUACCUACAGGGAUACCUGUGCUGCUCGAGCUGGAUGAAAACCUCAAGCCCGUGAAACCCCGACAGCUCUUGGGAGACCAGGCGAAGAUUCAGGCGGCAAUUAAAAAGGUGGAGGACCAGGGAAAAGCCAAACCGACUACUUGAACACACUGGCUGUAAGACUUAACAUAGUUCUGUUCUGGUUGCCUGUGUGCACUUUUUUUAUUAAGUCCAGAGAAAAUUCUUGAAAAGACUUGAAGAAUAAUAAUAAUAAUAAUAAUAUAUGACAUCUUACAAUAACAGCACAUUGUUAAUAAGAUUCAAAGGAAAGGUGUGUAGUAGUGGCUUCACCUGGAUACAUAACGCGUGUCAUAGGUCCGACUGGAACAGGAGGAACUACUGUAAAUGUUUCAGCGCAGUGUCGAGUUGUAUUUUGUGUAAGCGCUGAUGUUUAAGCUAACUGUUACCACUUAUGCCUGUAUGGUGACCCUAAAGUGGUUGUUUAUUCGUUUACCUAUUGACUCUACCUUGCAGUUCAAUUGUAAUGUGGUUGAAGCUGAGAAAUCUUCAAAUAUAUGAUCUCGGGAGAAAAACACUUCUCUAAAAGAUACUUUUCCGUUACAUUGAUGAGCUUUCGGAAUAUUCCCUUGCAUUUAAAACGUGUGCCUUCAGUAUUAACGUAACGCUCAAAUACAGCUACUUUUUAUGAAAGCUUCUUUUAAGGAGCAUCAAACGGGUCUCGUGGGUGAUUUACUUUUUGAGGAUAAAAGCACUCCACUAACAGAUCUUACCUCUUUAGAAAUUGAUUGCCAGGCUGUUCAUUCCAAGAACGGGGUAAGAGUGACACACAGAAAAGCUGUAAACAUGCAAAACCAUUGAACUCAUCUGCUGUCACAGUUACUCACGCUAUGUAAUAGCCCACUCGGUAAGAGUAAGCACUAGAGCUGAAGCUGUUGCACCAUGAGGUUUAUACAGCACAUUAACUGUGAAAAAAGAAAAGGUUGAGUUGAAAACACUGUGGCAAUUUGGUGAUAACUGGUUUAUGCUUUGCACUUUUGGGGAGAAUUUUUUUUUUAAACAAAUCCCCUUUCUAAUUAAAUGCAACACCUGUGAAUGGUAAAUAGCGUUACUAAAUUUAUACAUGUGCAAUUUCAUGUUGCAUAUGUUAACGUGUGAAAAUGUUACAAACUACUUUUUGAGUCUGCACAUUACGUCUUAUACCACCACUAUCUUAUGUUGCUGUGUGUGGCAUCGGCUGCUGUAUUGUCUGUUGUACUGUGUCUCUUGUUUGUAGAUGUACAGCACUGUGCAUCAUUUGUGUCUCGGGAUGUUUGGUUUUGUUUCUCUGUCACUGUCAUGUUGUACACUGGUCUGUUAGGUCAACGGGGGAGAAGAGAUGAUGCAUUUGUAGCUACUAAAGAAAAAACUGUAUUUGUAAUCUCAUGGGUUAUUUAAUGUCUUCCCUGCUGUUCACACCUUACCAUAUGAGAGCCUGCAUGAUGAAAUAAAAGGGAAUUUAACUUUUCCUUAAACAUACUUUUUUUUUUUUUUUAUUUCGGUGUUUUGUGUCAAUUUCAAGCUUCAUUUUAUGCAACACUUAAUCAUUUGAAGACAGGAAGGCGUGUCAGAUGUCACACUGAUAUAAAGUUAGUUAUACACUGUGUAAUGGAGCAACGGAAACAAACUAGACAACAAUGCUGUUUGGGAAGUACAGAUAUGCCUGCAAUUUAGAUUCCGGUCGCCUUGAGCCCACUGGAAACGAUAAACAACUGAGUCUGUUUGGCUACCACAGAGGAGUGGCUCGUCAUUUCUCAAACAUUUCUGUAAUUUGGCCAAACCAGUAAGGCUGAGCCAGGAAGGAACCCUCUAACUGGAUGGAAACGCUCUUAAAUGGACACGAUCAUGAACAUCAUAGACCCAUCUAUAUGACAGGAAUGAUGCCAUGUAUCCUGGUAGAUACUACAGUAUACUGUGUGGAUCAGGCAUCUGAAAUACAACUGACAUUUUGCAUUUCUUACCAAACAUGCAUU